GUACAAUCCAUUGGAGUUUGUUAUGGAAUGGUUGGAAACAACCUGCCUCAACCAAGUGAUGUAGUGAAUCUCUACAAAUCUGAGAAUAUCAAGGCAAUGAGACUUUAUGGUCCAAACCAAGCUGCUCUCGAUGCUCUCAAGGGUUCCAACAUCCAACUCAUCUUAGAUUUCCCCAACCCUGAUCUGAAAUCAGUUGCCUCUAACCCUGCAGCAGCCAAUGACUGGGUCCAAAAGAAUGUGAGGGCCUAUUACCCAGAUGUUUCAUUUAAAUACAUUGCAGUUGGCAAUGAAGUGAUCCCCGGAGAUCAUGCUCAGUAUGUGCUCCCUGCCAUGAGAAACAUCUUCUCAGCUUUGUCCUUGGCAGGCCUCCAAAACCAAAUCAAAGUCUCAACUGCAGUUUCCACUGGGGUCCUAGGGGCAUCGUACCCUCCCUCAGCUGGUGAAUUCUCUUCUAAUGCACUAAAUUACUUGAGACCAAUAGUUCAUUUUUUAGCUGGAAAUGGAGCCCCACUACUAGUCAAUGUAUACCCUUAUUUCAGUUAUGUAGGCAACCCCAAUAGCAUCAAGAUUGAGUUUGCCUUGUUUACUUCCCUGGGGACCUUUGUGAUGGAUGGACAACAUAGAUAUCAGAACCUCUUUGAUGCAACAGUGGAUGCAGUUUACUCAGCAUUGGAGAAAGCAGGAGGGUCUAAUGUGGCGAUCGUCGUAUCGGAGAGUGGUUGGCCGUCGGCUGGUGGUACUGCAGCAAGUAUCAACAAUGCACAGAUAUAUAAUCAGAAUUUGAUCAGGCAUGUUGGUCAUGGUACACCAAAGAGACCUGGGAGGGCUAUAGAGACUUUCUUAUUUGCCAUGUUCAAUGAGAACCAGAAGCCGCAAGGGAUAGAAAAAAACUUUGGGCUCUUUUACCCAAACAAGCAGCCAGUCUACCCAAUCAACUUCACUAAAUCCAGAACUAUACACAAAUAAUAACAUCUAGAAUAAACCACUGGAAGCAGGGGUGUUUUGGUUUC